AGAAAAUUGGUAUACGUUUUACUUAUUUUUAAAACCAGAAUUGGUUUUAAAUUAAAGUGUUCGCGAAUGUUUAGUUUUCUUCGACCACAUGGAAGAGAAGCUUAGCAACUAUCGAACCAAGAAACGUCGCCAGGCACUAUUAAACAAUUUCAAAGAUCGCUUCUUUAAUAUGGUAUCGUUCCAGCAAGUCCGAGUGGACGAAAAAGCAUCCCACGUCAUUGUGGAAACCGACCCCGAUAAUAACCAAUCAAAGCCGACAAAAUGUAUUACUCCUGUCCACAAAGGAAAACUGAAUCGCAAACCCUUAGGUACAGCUCAAUCUAACUUCGAUAAUGAGUCGGUUACAUCGAUUGCCAGUUCAACAUCCGGCAGCGAAACCGAACUGUCACAGGCUGAACAACCCGUUCAAAAGCCUUCCCGGUCUUAUCUAACGUACAUCACUUAUACGGUGUAUUUCCUUUUCUGGGUUACACUGUAUGCCAUUGCAAUUGAGCUUCGAUUUGGAGUUGUCUUUCUGAUGUUUUCGGCACUGGUGGCCAUCUAUCUAAACACCCGAACGGAGAAAACGCCGGGCGAAAUCAGUGCGUACAGCGUAUUCAACCGGAACUGUGAAGCCAUCGACGGUACUCUGAAAGCGGAGCAGUUUGAGCGUGAGAUCGGAAUUAGACACUGAGCGAAGCAGAGCUAAAAGUUAAACUAUUUUUACACUUUAACUGAAAAAAUUCCCGCAAUAUUAUCAAGAUAUUUAUAUAAAUUUUUUCACAUUAUUUAUCAUUGACGUUUCUGUUUCCGGCAAGUGGAAUAUCUAAGCAUGCAAUCGUAGCAAAAAGUGGUCAUGGUUCAAUUAUUUAUUACUCAGGCGAUUAUUUAUGUCAUUUAAAAUAAACAUUUUUGGAAGUUAGCUAUUAGUUGACGUGUAAAUCAAGCAUGUCCAAAUCAAAGAUGAAUUAUUUUUUUUAUGUAUAU